GGGGGUGGUCGACCUGGAGUGGGUGUUGGGGAGGGCAGGGGUAAGAGUUGGGGUUGAAGAUGUAGUUGCUGGCGAUGGAGAGAGAGAGAGAGAGAGAGAGAGAGAGAGAGAGAGUAGAGAUGAGAAGAGAGAUGAAGAGAAGAGAAGAGGUGGAUGAGGAGGAGAAAGAGCGAGCGCGAGGGGAGAUGUGGCGUUGGCCGUUCCGUGAACCCACCCAGGGUCAAUGCCUGCGCCGGGGGUGCACCCCUGAAUCAAAUCAUUAUUAUCCCCCAUUACAAGCGGGAUCUAAUAAAGUACUCCUCCCAUUUCUCUUUACGUACUGCGCUGCCAUCAGCAAGCAGCGUAUGUUCCGCAGCCAGGCUUCCAGCUGCUCGAUGCCCAUGUCAAGCCGUGCGAUCGAUCGAUGGACAAGUUGACCGUGGGCAUCUUCGGCACCGCGGACAUAGUGGACAAUGAUGAAACGCAAUAUGCCACGUCUGGGCGUCUCGAGCGUCAGCCAC